GUUACGUAACGCACAAAGGGAGACGCGUUUUGCCGCAUUCGUUCUCGUUUCAUCCUCAUUUAAAAAGAAAAAACGCAGCAUUUUGGAAUCCUGAGCAAAUAUGCAGCCUGCUGGCGCCAUUACUCGUCGUUUUCAAGCUUUCUUUAGUCGCCAUCUGGAACCUCUCUUAACCUACCGGAGCAUCCGCCCUGCCGCGACGAUAUUGUGUGAGAAUCAGUCCAGGUCAGGGAUGCUUCAUCAGGACCACCAUCGGGCCUACAGAGAUCAAGGCGCCAAUAAUCGCUCCUUUUCGUUGCCAAACGGGAAGUAUGACCAAGAUGGCAACUUUAACUUCCUGUCCGACAAAGAUGACUUCACAGUGAUGAGCAAUGGCGGAAGAGGCGAUGAGAAUCAAAACCAGGAGCGUCCUUGUAAACUGGGACCUCUCGGUCCCGCCCCGACAAACUCGUCCUCCCACAAAAACUCAGGCAUCCUGUCACCUCGCUCCCGCCAGCCCUGCUGGAGCACGCUGGAUCCCCUGCCCGAAAUCGAACACGGAGAUGACGGGUAUGGCCGAGUGCCUCCCGAUGGGGCGGAGGAAAGGAGACUGGAGGAAGAGGAGGGGCAGAUGAUGGCGAAGCACUGGGAGAAAAUGGAGCUUCAGAGGAGAAAAAGCAGCAUCUCAAGCAGGCACGAGCUGGAGGAGAUGAUGAGGCUGGAGAAUGACGACGAGUGGGGAGACAGCGACUCGGAAUCGGACUCUGGUGGGAGCAUGUCCGCCUUCAACAUGGAGACCGGAGGCGACUGGAUGGGAGGCUGGGACCGCAUCGGAGUUGGCGAGCCCAAACUGAGCCACCAGGACUUCGACCCGACGAGGAGCAGCUACAGAGAAGCGGCUGCGAGACGACGAAGCUACGGCCGCAAAUCCCUGUCCGGGAGCCACCUGGGAAACCUCCUGGAGGAGGGAGCCGAAGAUCAUCACGGCCAGUCGACCGAUUCGGAUGGCGAGCUCCCCGAGCUGAUGGAUGCCGUGUGGACGCUGCGGGACCGCGAGAGGUUCAAGGCGCAAGAGAUGGAGAAGCACCAGGUGCAGUUGACCAUGUACCGCCGCCUGGCGCUGAUCCGCUGGGUCCGUACCCUGCAGGGCCGCAUCCAGGAGCAGCAGAACCGCCUGCAGUCCAGCUUUGACGUCAUCCUCACGCACAGGAAGGAGCUGCUGCGCAUGGGCGCCGCUGUGGUCAAUACCGCGCCCGCCACUGCUGUGGGACAAUCAUAGGACCAACAAUCUACGGUGCCUGCAUAUGAAAACGCAGGUGGCGCUUUAACCCUGAAAUGUACGGCCAUUUUAGCCAAUCGCAAGCCUGAAGAAAGUCAUUUGAGGAAAAGGCCCGGAAGCAGUGUAUCAUCCACUCGGACUCAUGGAAUUGUGUGCUCACUCCAGAAUGUCACACUUUAACGAUUUACAAGAAAGAUGCAGCGUCAGUCACAAGUUUGGACAUAACUUCUUACUUUGUCGAAUCAGAUGGUGUCUUUUUUUUUUUUUUUUUAAUGAAGAAAACCGCUCAUGUUUUUCACCAGAGAGCAACAAGCCCCCAAAAUGUAUAAGUUGCUCUUCUUACAGGCACAGUGAAAAGUGCAUUUUUGAGAAUUUUUUUUUUUCGUCUCAAACACCAACAAAUACUUUUGUUUUAUUUUUUAAUUAGGAAAAAAGUCGUAGGAGUUGGAGUUACAUGUAUUUCAUUGGAGAGCAACAAGCCCCCCCCAAAUAUAAAUAGUAUAUAUAAACUAUUUAUUUUUACAUGCCCAGUGAAAAUAACCUUUUUUGGAUUUUUUUUGCUUUUUUUUAAUGUAAAAAAAACCCC